AUGAUUCCCAGCAUCAGACAGUCGACUGAGUACAUUCUCAAACGUUUGGCCGGCAUAAUCAGUGAGCUUUGCCAUUCUCCGCAUCCAGCUACGAACUCGUCCCUCGAUAAACGUUCUGUGGAAAACGGUAACAUUAUCCCUCCUCCUUCUGUCCUGGCCUAUCCAUCUACUCUUUAUCCUCUUAUUCCACUGCCGCCCUAUCACAAAUUCUCACUUGUUUACAUUCCACUCAUCAAAAUGUCUGCCCUUUUGUGGCAAAUCUAG